AUGCCUAGAAAGAAAGUGAAGUUAGCUUUUAUUGAAAAUAGCACUGCGAGGAAAGUCUCAUACAAAAAAAGACAGAAAGGGUUCUUGACAAAGGCCCGUGAACUUAGCACCCUUUGUAAUGUUGAAAUAGCUGCCGUUAUCUAUAGUCCUUACCACAAUGAACCUAUGAUAUUUCCAAAUAAUGAUUUUGUUACCAACACCUUUACAAGGUUUCAGGAGUUGUCAGAAUUGGAGAAAUCAAAAAACAUGGUGACACAAGAAAAUUUCACCAAGCAAAGGAUCCAGAAAAUGGAGGAACAACUCGGGAAGGUAAGAAAGGAAAACAGAGUCAGGAAUUUCACAAACAAGAUGUAUGAAAUGUUGAAUGGAGAAGAUAUUCCUAACGGUAUACACGUUUACGAUCUCAACGAUCUGAGUUACGUGAUCAAUCAAAACCUUAAACAGGUAAGCGAAGCAAUCAAAACAAAGGUCAAUGGAGAGGACCCCAUAUUAUCUACACCAGUGUUACCACAAAUGAACCCUUCAAUGAAUAAUCAUCAGAGUCCUGCAUUGUCAGAGAUGUUUGACUGUUUGAUGAAUUUGGAGUGGAGUGAUUUGAUGACUUUACUUGAUGAGCCAUCUUUCAAUAACAUGACUAAUGUUCAAGAUCCAAAUCACAACAACGAUAAUUUAUAA